AUGCAGAUUUGCUUAGCGGGGUGCAACAGCAGUCUCCAUACCUCCCCCAACAGUGGCUCGGCUGCCGGGGGCGGCUUCUGUGGCGCUCGUGGCCAAGAAGAGGCUGCAGCCAGCGCCCCCGUGAACAGCAGUAGCGCGAAUGGCCCGUGCGCGGGCGCAACAAUGCUGAGUCCGUCCACCACACCAACCCUGCCGCCCUUGCCGUCCACGAUGGAGGAGCCGGUCGACCUCUUUCCACUUACGCCGUCCGUGUCAAUGCCGCAGCGACACAGCAAGCGCUCGGGCCGCUUGCUGAACGAGUCCGAGAUGAUGCAAGAGAAGCAUGGGCAGGAAUACCGGUUUCUUGUUCCGUGGCUGGCGUACGCAAUCGACUGCACCAUCGCGGCGCAUGAGGUGCUGCGGCAGAAGCACGGGAUACCCGCCCACGUGUCAUCACCAGCCUCGCCUUCAACAGACGCGCUGAACGGCGCAACUGACGCAGAGCGCUCGCCACGAGGGAGCACCAACGGUAGCCCCACGUGUGCGAGCACGACAGGCAGCGGCAGCGGUAAGGCGGCUUUGCCGAGCCCGCAGGCGGAACUAAAUGCCUUCUCCACCCGCGAGGUUCCGGCCAUCUCCGUUCACGACUACCUCAAGCGCAUCGUCAAGUACACCUACGUCUCUCCGUCGGUGCUGGUGUGCGGGUGCCUCUACUUGGACCGGCUACUCUGCAUGUACCCAUGCAUGCUCCUGCACCCGUACAACGUGUUCAAGCUCUUCCUCACGUCGACCAGAAUGGCAAGCAAGAUCAUGGACACGCGAACACUGAACAACCAUGACUUUUCUGUCGUCGGCGGCGUCACGAACGACGACCUCAACACGCUGGAGUUUCUCAUGGUGGAGCUGUUGCAGAACCGCCUCUACUUCUCACGCGACACCUUCGAUGAGUACUGUCGCCCGCUCCGCCUACAGGCGGCCCACUUGAGUGAAGAGGCGAGCGACUGGGGCACCGAGACAGCCAUGGAGACGCCGGUCGAGACCCGCUCCGAUGUACAGCAUCAGCCGACGCGGCCAUUCCUUGCACGCUGCUGCGGCAGCAACACCCGUAGCCGUCGAUCUAGCAUCCUUUCGCAGAACGAGUACAGCAUAUCGAUAGCCUCGCAGAGCGGCGUGUCACCUCUGCGGUCGGCGUCGCGUCCAGCCUUUCCGCCAAGCGCGUCGACGGCGCGCUCUAUAUCGGUAGACACAGAGUCUAUAGGUCCGGCCCGCGCACCUGCGUCACGCGGCGGGUCAGCGUCCACCUCCGCUCGGCGUCACCCCCUCGGUACGUCGUACUCACCAGCCUUGCCACACGUGCCGCACGCUGCAGCGAACGGUGGCUCGUCCCCUGCGCUUGGUGCCAUGGGAGGCCUAUCCGGGCGCGGCGCCAGCGGCGAAGACAUGCUUCGUGUAGCGGCACACACCAACAGCAUCUACCAAAGCAGUAACGGGGUGUGGACGGGCCAGACCCCGCCGGACUCGGCGACGGUGCUAGUAGCGGUGGAGGAACGUGGCGAUGAGCGAGCGCGCAGCAUUUCACUCUCCGCCCCUCGCUGUGGAGCCGCCGCCUCGUGGGAUGCCACUGGCCGCCCAAGCCGCUUGGUGGCGGCGAGCACCAGCACAGUGGUGGGCCUUUGCACAGCGGCGCUCAACGGUGGCCGCGCUGGCUAUGAAAACUCCCCCAACGUCUGCGCCGCUUCAACCUACAACGGGACAGCCGCCAGCAGUUGUCGGGGCAUAACCGCCAGCGCUGAAGAUUUCGGGGCUGGCUCGAUGGUGAUAAGCUACAGUGAUCGAACACCUACUCGACGAGCCUUUUCCCACGCAUCACGUGAAGGGAUAGCCCUGCCGCCAGUGGUGCGUAGCGGACGCAGCGAUCGAUCUGCGAGCAUGAUAGGUGUCGCUGCGCAAGGCCAACGCUUACCUCCACCUCCAGAUCAGCCCCAUGUGUAG